GUUAAAUCCAUUUCAAUAUUAUUUAGAUCAUAAAUUUAAUAAUAAAUAAACGAAGUGGUUUAUGUAUUAAAGAAGAAGGUUAGGAAUAUGUCAAAUGUGUUUACAUUUCAUCAUGUUUUAUUGAAAAAAUCAUAAUGUCUUGGCUAGUGGAUUCUUCUCUAACGUUUUUCCAGAAAUUCUGGAUGAAUGUACUGAAAUGCGGCCCUAUUCCAAGGCAUAUCGCCUUCAUUAUGGAUGGAAAUCGACGUUUUGCGACGAAAACUCACGUACAAAAAUCAGAGGGUCACUCCAAAGGCUUUGAGAAGUUGGCAGAGUGUUUGCAAUGGUGUUUGGAAUUAGGGGUUAAAGAAGUAACAGUUUAUGCAUUCAGUAUAGAAAAUUUUAAGAGAAGCAAAGAAGAGGUUGAUACAUUAAUGAAACUGGCAAGGGAGAAAUUCAAAGUGUUGUUUGAGGAGAAAGAGAAAUUGAUGAAAAAUGAUGUUUGUAUUAGAGUUAUAGGAAAUUUGGAUCUGCUUCCAGAUGAUAUUAAAAAAAGUAUUGCAAAAUCCAUGCUUUUGACCAAAGAUAACCAGAAAUCAAUUCUGAAUGUUGGUUUUGCUUACACUUCCACAGAUGAAAUUUGCCACAGCAUAAAAACGGUCGUUGAAGGCGUCAAAUCCAACCACAUAUUGAUUGAAGACAUCAAUGAAGAUCUACUUUCACAAUGCAUGUAUACAAACCUAAGUCCAAAUCCUGAUAUUCUAAUUAGAACUUCUGGUGAAGUAAGAUUAAGUGAUUUUCUACUAUGGCAAUGUUCCAAUUCACAGUUGUACUUUGCUGAAGUAUUAUGGCCUGAGUUCAACGUCUGGGAUUUGAUGGCUUGUGUUUUCAAAUAUCAGAGAGAUUGUGGGUUCAAAAACAAGCACAAGAAGGAAAUUAAUUGCAACAGCGACAGGGUUCAAAGAUUUGUUGAUCAUGUCAACAAUAAGAGAAUCGCCCAACUGGAAGUUUAUGCUCAGGCAUGAUUCAUAUGUUACUAUAAUUUGAAUAAAUUAAUUUCAUUGUUUAA